AAAUUAAUUUAAAUAAAUAAGGUGGACAUUGCUUUCUCCUUCUUCCUCUUGGAUCGCUUCCUUGUCAAUGUCGUUCGAAUCUCCGGCGAACAGAGGAAUCUGAAACUCGUCCGAUUCCAGAUCGAAUACCGUUAUGGAUGAAUCGUACCGUAAUCUAAUGGAUUUCAUCCGGAGAACCUCUGUUCCAGAGACAUUCGUCGACAUCUUGCUAUGCGCAGUUCCGAUUUGGCUCGCCGUCAUGAUCGGGCUCCUGAUCGGAUGGUCUUGGCGUCCGAGGUGGACCGGGUUGGUUUAUCUAGGGUUCCGUUCUAAGCUCCGGUUUCUCUGGACCGCUCCGCCGGGAUUUGGCGCUCGCCGCGUUUGGCUCGCUUUCACAGCUCUCUCGGCCUUCUCAGUCUGCCGCACGUUAUGGUCAAGGCUCGGUUCCGGCGCCAAGAAAUCAGAUAUCGAAGAAGAGAUUCCUCCGAGUGGUGAUGCAGUUUCACGAGGUAGUGAUAAGAAGACAGAGGAGGAGAAGGAUGUUGUGAUGGAGAAGGAUCUAGAGCAUCUGCUGCAUCUUCUUGAAGCUGGGAAUGAUAAGAUGGAGUGGCAAUCUAUGAUGGAUAAGUCUACUCCAAACAUGAGCUACCAGGCCUGGCGCCAUGAGCCUCAGACAGGUCCUGUUGUUUAUCGAAGUAGGACUGUAUUUGAGGAUGCAACACCAGACAUUGUUAGGGAUUUCUUCUGGGACGAUGAGUUUCGACCUAAAUGGGAUCCUAUGCUUGCUUACUUCAAGACUCUGGAGGAAGAUCCUCAGACAGGAAUAACGAUCGUUCACUGGAUCAAAAAGUUCCCAUUUUUCUGUAGUGACCGGGAAUACAUCAUUGGUAGGAGAAUAUGGGAAUCUGGAAAAAAGUAUUAUGCUGUCACUAAGGGAGUACCGUAUCCAACUCUACCAAAGCGUGAUAAGCCAAGGCGAGUGGAGCUUUAUUUCUCAAGUUGGAUAAUCAAAGCAGUUGAAUCUCGCGAAGGGGAUGGACAAAUGUCAGCUUGUGAAGUCUCUCUUGUCCACUACGAAGACAUGGGAAUCCCAAAAGACGUAGCCAAGCUAGGAGUCCGUCACGGCAUGUGGGGAGCCGUCAAAAAGCUAAACUCCGGGUUAAGGGCCUAUCAGAGCGCUAGAAAGCCAGGGGUGGCUCUGUCACGGAGCGCUCAAAUGGCAGGAAUCACCACAAAGCUGAACAUGGAUUUGGUGGAAACAUCGAGAGUGGAGGAAGAAGAAGAGAAAGGACAAGCCACGGAGAAGGCAAGGAGACAAAAGGAGCAGUUCAACGUAGAUUGGAAAUGGAUCGCUGUAGGAGGAGUUGCUUUGGCUUUUGGGCUUCAUUCAAGUGCUAUUGGCAAGGCCUUAAUGGUUGGAGCAGGGCGGAGACUUGCUCGUAGGUGAAAAUAUUUCUUAUUACCUCAACCUGAGAGAUUGAUAUUAUUAUGUGUUUCCCUUGAGGACUCUUUAGUCCAGCACAGAGAGGCAGAAUUUAGUAUAAGCAUCGUGGGUUAUACUUUCUUCUUGUAACUGCGUUUAGUGGAGGAAGCAAAGUGAAGAGUAAUUUUGAGCCAUGUGCUGCUAAGAUGUGUUCGAAUAUUUCCUGUAAUACCAAUUAAGACUAUGGAGCUUGUUUCAUCUUGUACUCA